GUUGUAGCCAGGCCAAACAAAUGACCAAUGUGUGGCACAAUUGCAGAUUGACCUCCCAAACAGUACAGUACCCUGGCCCCCGAUAAUAAGAUGGUCAAUCUCCCCUGCCCUUCUCACAAUUUCUUUCAGCAACAGUUGCUGGUCUAGGUCCUUGCGCAGCGCGAUCCAGUGCAAUCCCACAUUGCCGUCGAGUUCUCUCAACCCAACAGGUAUCCAAUCCAAGCAAUCCGAUCAACGGGAAUUCUUCCGCCAUGUUGCGGAAAAAGGAUACCUUUACCGUGAUCACGCCCAUCCCGGGCUUUAUCCCGCGGCAGCUGGCAAUCGACAUCCUCCACUCCCACUCUGAAGUUAUCACUCUGAAUCCGCUUGUUCUCGAACAUCGUCCCAUCCCAGCUCCACAAAAUGCUGAAACCGACGAGUACUAUUCGACCUGGUAUGAAAUCACGGAGCGUAUCCAGUUCCUACCAGGCAUGGGCAGGAUGGGCUCGUCGACCAUCAAGUUCAACGGCUGCUUCCACAACAUGCCGUGGGGCCUCCAGACUCACAUCUACGCACCCAUGAAUGUCGAUUUGCGAAACACGUAUCGCAUCGCCGGCAACCAACCCGGCGUCGAGCCGCCAGAGAUCCCAGAGAUCGGGUUAAAAGCGCUUGGCGCGCCUUCUGACGGCCUGUACCUGAGGGAGGACAUUGAGAUCAAGUGCAAUGUUACAGUACACAGCUUUGUCAAGUCGCAGAUGAAGAAGGCCGGCUCUGAGAUGGUGAGACGCAUCAUCAAGAAGGCCGAACUGCUCGAUGCCGGUGUGCUUCAGGCGAUGAUUGAGGAUGGGAAGCUCAAGACGAUCAAUCCGGCCGACCGAAGCAGCACUUUCAGAUCGCCGCUGCCGUCGCCCACUGGACUCGGUGUUCGUUACUCGCCAACCCUUGGCGGGAACUCGCCGCCAAUGACGGCGGCUUCGCCAGUCAUGCCGUAUAACGUUCCCCGCCUACAGUCUGUACGCAGACCCGGCACUGCCGGCAGCGGUUACAAUCCUCAGCCAGGCCUCAAAGGCUACAAUGAUCAGGCGCAAGCCGUACCGCAGGAGCUUCCGGCCGCACCGAAUGUGGAAAACCAGAUGCCUGUGGAAAUGCCGGGGGAUUUCUACCAUGCGUCCGCUGACCUCCAGCCGGCAAGGAUGUCACCCCGACCAAUUUCACAAUCGCAAAUGCAUCGGGAAUCGCUUGUUGAUCCCCCACACUCGAGCCCAAAUCCCUCGCUGGGAGGGCAGUGGUCCGCAGGCGGCUCGCGACCUACCUCUUAUACUUCAAGUGUUGGGGCCCCGGAUAACAAGGGCUUCCCAUCUCAACUGGCCCCGCACCAGGAAACAACAGAGGAACACCGGGACGCUCAAAAGGGGGACAGGCGCAUGCCUCCUCCAUCCAAUUAUCCCCCGUAUAAUCCAGCAGAUUACGCCAAGGUAGUGCCGCCACAACCUCAGUACGGGCAUGGGCAAUUGCCCCAGCGGUACAAUUACGCGCAGUGAACUGGUUCGCAUCUGUUACCGCAACCUUAGGGGCUUCAAGGUAAUACUGGAUGGCUUUUGAUUUAUACCCAACGGUCUUGUUUGAAGCUUUGUCUAUGUGGGUACAAGAGGAUGUUUUGAUGUUCGGACGCAGGAGUUUGGAAAGGCUUUCAUGAUGC